CAAAGUCAUUAUCUUUUUUAUAAGGAGGAAAACGUAAAAAAUAAUUAUUAACUUAUGUAAUGACCAUUAAGCAUACGGUAGAAGAUAAUUUAAAUAUUUAUAUUAUUGCAAUAUUAAAAAGUUACCUUUUUAAUGUUUAAUGUUUAAUUAAAAUAAUAAUCUAACACUUUAAAAAUGCAUUUCAAUUUUUCUAUCUGUCUUUUAUCUAGCUGAUAUUAAUGACCAUGUGUUUGUACAUUGCAAACGUAAUAUAUAUUUUAUCAGAUCUAUAAAAUUCAUAAAAACUACAUUUACAGAAAAAAAACAACUAAUCGCUAAAUGUAAUCUAAUAUUGCAGAAUUGCACAAGUAAUGUCGUCUUUUAUUGUUACGUGAAGUAUCAAGGAGAAUUCAGGGCGCGCGCUUGUAAAAAUGUUUUACUGCUAAAAAAGCUUUACACUAUUCUUUCUACAAAAUAUUCUGUCUCGUGAAUGUAAUCAGCAGUCGUACUCAUUCACAAAGCGUCGAUUAACAAGAAAAUAAGAGGUGGAAAUGGAAGAGAUCCAUGUGCCAGUAAAGGACACUUCAUCGAUAGAGCAUAUCUUACGUCCGAUAUCGUACAUCUCCUGGUUACUGGGAGUCGGCGUUGCACGACCGCGAAAGUGUUCAAAGACUAUGACGAUAAUUAUACGUAUCGUUCAUCUGGUCAUGUGUUCGGUCAGCACGGUGUGCAACGUGAUUGACUUCUUCAAUUACGUUAGCAUCAACAAAUUAUACAAUCACAUGUACUUGUUCAUAUAUUUUAUGGACAGUGUGGUGUGCUACGUGUCGGCGUAUUACUACAUUUAUCACGGAAUCAGGCAGUAUGACAAGUGGUCAAAGCUAAUCGACAAAAUAAAGGAGCUCGAUGAAAAAAUCAGGAGAGAAACAUACAUUAUGGACCAGCCAGUAAAGAAGACAGAAGUAGUAGCGAUUCUCGUGACUUUUGCUUGCUGUCCAUUGUUGCUGAUCGUACACACCUUGUAUUGCUUUAUAUAUUCACAGAACAUUUACACAACCGAGUUGUUGUUUUACUACAUGUUAGCACAGUCACUUGUUAACAGUUUCGUCUUCGAUAUUGUUGUCUAUGUGCUAUAUUACAGAUUUCAAGCGAUAAAUAAAUUAAUCGGCCAGUUGGAUAAGCUAUUUAAUGCGUCAUGGACCGCGCUCAAGAUUAAACGUAUCAGAGAAUUGCAUUACGAUAUUUGUGAUCUCGUCAUCAUGAUAAACGAAAUUCACGGUCUUCAGCUUCUCCUCUGUUCAGCAAACUGCUUCACUACAGUCGAGGCUACACUAUUCAGAAUCUACCUAUUUGACGUGAAGGAACCCAUCUAUAAUUACGGCUAUUAUAUAUUGAUAAAUAGUAUUGUUUGCAUAUUGUAUCUCGUGCAAUUUGGUUUAAUGUGCUGGAUUUGUACCCUUGCGCGUCAAGAAUCAGACAAGACUGGGAUAAUUAUAUGCGCGAUACUGAAACGCAAACCUGUGAAUCAUGAUAAAAUACACGAGACAAGAAAUCAAACAAUUCUAGAGGUACAAAAUUCUAAUUGGAGUAGUAACCAUAAUUGGAAUUACGUCGUCAUAGAAAAUUUUUUUCGGAAAAUCUUGGAAGAAAAUUGUGUCAGAAACGAGAUCAAUGACUUUUCGAUUCAACUGCAACUUCGUCGUGUAGCAUUUACAGCCUGCGAUUUCUUCGAAAUAAGCAAUAAAAUAUUCUGCGGUGUAAGUACAAAAUUUAUUUACUUUAUUACUAUUUAUGUAAAAUUAGCUAUUUUUAAGCUAGCAAUGUAAACAAUAAGUCUGGACACAAUUAAAUAAAG